AUGUCAGCUUUAUUCGUGAAAAAUCGGUUUAAAGUAGCCGAUAGUAUUCAGCUCCAAGAUGCGUGGUUACAACAAUGUUUAGAUAAACUUCAAAGUAAAUUAGAAUAUCAAAACGCGAAUAAUCAAAAAUUAUAUCAAGCAGUUUACAACGAAUUCUUAGAUUCAGAUUUAAAAUAUUCAAUGAAACCACACCUUCCACCCUUCAUUGAUAAUACUCACAAAAUAAUUAUUGGCGAACAUUAUCCUGUAACUCUUCAAGUAGUAGAGAUUUUUGAAGUGGGAAUACCAAACCAAACACUUUUUGAUAUAAUCAAUAGUCACUUAUCAGGUUCCAUUAAGCAGGGUCAUAAAUAUAACGAUAUACGUGAUAAAAAAAUUGAAGCGAUUCAAUUUCCAAGAGAAAUGCUCAGAUUAUACUUAACCGAUGGGACUCAGAUUAUUGAUGCUAUGGAACUUAAACCCGUAUUACAAUUAAAUUUGCUUACACCCAUUGGGACAAAGAUAUCAGUAAAAAAUACUUUAAUUUUACGUGGAGUUUUAUGUCUGGAAUCUCAAAAGGUAACGAUUCUUGGGGGAUUUAAAGGUGAAUCCAGAUCUAUAUAUAAUAUCCGAAAUCAAUUAGAAUAUCGUUUAGGUUUACCGGUUACAAAAUAUUCACUUGAAGAUAAACAAACUCCAGAAGAUUCAUCGAUAUCGGAAGAAAAUCAAAGAAUAAGCCUUAAUGACAAUUCAGAUAUUUCCACCAGUGGAUUUACGCGCUUGACUAUUACAGACAACAUUGAUAACAUUGAAGAAUUUGAUUCAAUAAAUGAUGAAGUGUUUACAAGAAAUUGUGAGAUGGUAUUACCUAUGAGCACAAACAAUAUGGAAAAUGAAGAAAAAGCUAAUGAGGUGAAACAAAAUAUCACUCUUGAAGUUGAACAAACCGCUCAGCAAGUAGGGAAAAUCGUCCAAGACGGUCUGAAACAAACUGGCGAAGUGAUCCAAGAAAAUUCUGAUUAUGUCAGUAAUGGACAUAAAUUAAAUGAACUUGAUUCGAAUACGGAAAUCAUAGAAAUAAUAGAAGAUACAGAUGAUUUAUAUGCGAUGGACAUAGAAUAUGAUUCAAGUUUCAUGAACUUUCAGGAUGAAUCUGAGAGAGAAGAUAAAAAUUUAUUAGUAGGGAUGGAAAAUAAAUCGUUUAAAGUACACUCAUCAAACAUUAAAAAUAAUGAUUUGGAUGAUGAUAUGGAGAAGGGAUCAAAGCACACACUUGAAGAAGAGGAAUUUCCACCGAUUAAUGAACCUAUUGGGAAAAAAAGACGACCUAAUUCUUUUAUGGAUAAAUUAAGUCCGGCUGGAAUAGAACAGUUACAAAUUUCACCACCAAGAAAGUCAUUUCAGUCAUCUUCUCCUACUAGCUCACCACCAAUCAUAAUAUCCUCAUUUGAUUAUCCUCGAUCACUUUGUGGAAGUAUUUCUCCAAUUUCAUUAACCACUUUUGAUGAUAAAUCUGAUUUAAUUAACAAAAUCGACGUAAUAUCUCCUACAAAAACAACGAAUUAUUCAAAUGACUGUAUAGUUAUAUCAGAUGAUGAGGAGGAGAAAGAUAAGAAUAAGAAAAAAUCCGAAAUUGCUAAGAAAAUUGUUCUUGAUACAAUUAAUGAAGUCAUAAAUGAAAGAGAAGAAGCAUCUGAAAUUGCUACUCUUGAUACAAUUAAUGAAGAACAAAUGAGAAAAACAUAUGAAAUUGCUAAGAAAAUUGCUCUUGAUAAUCUCAUGCCGGAAAAUAUCAAAGCGGAUUUCUAUCAAAGAUAA